AUGACACCCUUCCCAACGCAGCAUAAGAUUGGAAGACAGCGGUUCCUGGCAAGACGAAGGAGACAUGCUACUCUGCAAUCAACAGGCGUCACUCUUCAGUCGACAGAUGGAACUGUAGUAGGCCACACAACUACACCUCUGGUGGUGGCAGCAACAAAGGCGUCGACUAUGCCACUGAGGAAACAAUUAGGUGGCAAUCGCAUCCUUUCACAAGAACGGAGCCGGGAAGCCAAUUGGACCACAGUUGACCGAUUAUUUGGACUUGAGCGUCCAAAGUCUGAGCGGGCAAUUGCCCCGUACCCAGCUGGCCUGGACUGGAGAAUUGACCCACCUCAGUCACUCUACCAGGAGCAAUAG